GGUUUCUUUCAGCCACGAAAUAUUGGCGCGAAUUGAGCGUGGGUGUGUUACAAGAAAAGUUGACAAUAACAAAAAAGAAAGGAGUGGCCAAAAACCUUAUACUGUUCUUGGGAGACGGAAUGUCUCUUGCUACCCUCGCCGCGGCAAGGAUAUAUCUUGGGCAGCUCAAGAAAGAAGCGGGAGAAAACACGUUCUUAAGUUUCGAGAAGUUUCCUUACACUGGAUUGGCCAAGACGUACUGCGCAGACUCACAAGUUGCGGACUCUGCUUGUUCAGCGACCGCCUAUUUGACGGGCGUGAAAGGCAAUAUCUACACGGUAGGAGUUACGUCAUCUGUUGGCUACAUGGACUGGCGAAACAUGAAGAACGAAUCGUACCACACCACUUCCAUCUUAAAGUGGGCUCAAGACGCGGGCAAGGGCACCGGCAUAGUAUCCACUUGUAGGAUAACAGACGCCUCUCCUGCUGGCACAUACGCCCAUUCCGCAUACAGGAAGUGGCAGACAGACUUGGAUAUUAAAAAUGAAAAAGAUCCAAGAGGGUUUAAUGCUACGGGAGUGAUGGAUAUAGCUUCGCAGUUGAUAGAAAAUAGUCCUGGCACAGAAUUUAAGGUAAUCUUGGGAGGUGGUCGGGAAGCAUUUCUUCCCAUCACAGAACAAAAUGACCCCACUAUGACAGGUUCCAGAGGUGACGGCAAAAACUUGAUCGAGAAGUGGAAAAAAUCUAAAGAAAACAUGAAAAAGUCAGCGUCUUACAUCACCAACAGAGAUCAACUGCUGGGGCUGGAUGUAAACAACACCGACUAUGUUCUUGGACUAUUCCAAUCUGAUCAUUUGGAUUACCAUAAGCUUGCAAAUGAAAAGGAGCAACCGACACUUGCUGAAAUGACGGAGUUGGCAAUUAAGAUGAUGCAAAAGGAAGCCAAGGGUUUUGUGCUGUUUAUAGAGGGCGGUAGGAUAGACAUCGCUCACCACGAGAACAAGGCUCACUUAGCACUAGAUGAGACUGUGGAGCUGCAUAAAGCUGUCGAGACGGCUGUCAAAAUGACAAAUGAAGACGACACGCUCAUUGUGGUGACGGCAGACCACGCACAUACACUGAACAUAAACGGUUACCCGAGAAGAGGUGGAGAUAUUUUUACCUACGUUCAAGGCACCGAAGACAAACUUUCAUACUCUACUUUGUCAUAUUCGAACGGACCUAAUACCCCACGUUUCAAGGAAGAUGGAUAUGGGCAGCACAAUAUUAUCAAUGAUAAAAGAGACGAUCCGCACUACACCUUCCAAACAAUCAAUCUCCUAAAGACUGAGACCCAUGAUGGACAGGACGUCGCUGUAUUCGCUAAAGGUCCUUGGGCUCAUCUCCUGGUCGGGAACUAUGAGCAAACCCUCAUUCCUUACGUAAUGAGCUAUGCGGCUGGAUUUGGACCUGCCGUUGAGAUCCUUGACGCAAAAAAUCAGCACAAAAGAGGAUCGUAAUAAUAACUGUUACAAUAUUAUACUUUCAUCCAUAUUUAAAUUAUAUUUCUUUUUAUGCUGUGACUAACCAAAAAAUCAGUUUAAACUGUCACGUAGAAACUGUUUUACUUAAGAAACUUUACUGAUAUUAGCAAUUAAACCGUUCGCAUCUAUGUAUUAUUGUAAAUGUAUGGUAUUUUUUUAGAAUACUAUAAUCUUAUAUUUUA